AUUAUCCAACUCUCACUCUGUAUCGCGAGAUUUCAUAGUCUUCCUCGCCGUGUGGACGUUGGUGCGGGAAGGUGUGCUCUAUGGCGGUGGCUGUUUCAGCGACUGUGUUUUGAACAGUAAAAGCUCCCCCUAUAUAAUCUCACGAGUAACCCCACAACAAGACACCCCAGCGGAGUGCAGGUACAGGUGCUAGAACGUAUCUCUUGACUGUACUAUAUUUCCAAAGCCAAUGGCAGAACUUUUUGGGUUCAAACCUCCUUAAGGGGGGCUGUGCACCACUCUGGAGUUCAUUUGAGAAAAGGGAGGCGAGGCUCUGAUGAUGGAGAAUGGACAGAGCACGGCCACGAAGCUCGGCCUGCCGCCCCUUACCCCUGAACAGCAGGAGGCACUGCAGAAGGCUAAGAAGUAUGCCAUGGAACAAAGCAUCAAGAGCGUCCUGGUCAAGCAGACGCUCGCUCAUCAACAGCAACAGCAGCUCACUAACCUACAGCUCCCUAAUUCCCUUCAGAUGGCCUCAUUAACCAUGGGUUUUGGAGAUCCCCUCUCACCACUACAGUCUGUUGCAGCCCAGAGGCAACGAGCAUUAGCCAUAAUGUGCAGAGUUUAUGUCGGGUCUAUCUAUUACGAGCUAGGAGAAGACACAAUUCGACAGGCCUUUGCUCCUUUUGGUCCCAUCAAAAGCAUUGACAUGUCUUGGGACUCUGUUACAUUAAAGCACAAGGGUUUCGCCUUUGUAGAGUAUGAAGUACCUGAAGCUGCACAGCUUGCGUUAGAACAGAUGAACUCUAUCAUGCUGGGCGGUAGAAACAUUAAAGUGGGGCGACCUUCAAACAUUGGUCAGGCUCAACCAAUCAUAGACCAGUUAGCCGAAGAAGCGCGCGCCUUCAACCGGAUUUACGUGGCGUCUGUGCAUCCAGACCUGUCAGACGAUGACAUAAAGAGCGUGUUCGAAGCCUUCGGAAGAAUCAAGUCCUGUAUGCUGGUGCGGGAUCACACCACGGGAAAGCACAAAGGCUAUGGUUUUAUAGAGUAUGACAAGGCCCAGUCCUCGCUGGAUGCCGUGUCCUCCAUGAACCUCUUCGACCUUGGGGGCCAGUACCUGCGAGUGGGCAAAGCCGUCACGCCUCCAAUGCCCCUUCUAACGCCAACGACGCCAGGCGGCCUUCCUCCAGCCGCAGCCGUAGCGGCAGCAGCCGCCACCGCCAAAAUCACCGCUCAGAUGGCAUGGAAUCUGUCCCAGCCGGAGAAUCGGACAGAAGAAUUCCUCAACUGUCUGGAAGCAGUGGCGGGAGCAUCGAUCCUGGGAGCAAUGUCCGCGGGGACGGGCUUGAGCCUGCCCCAGAUCCCUCAGGCCGUCAUGGCAGCUCAGGCCCCAGGGGUCAUCACAGGGGUGACACCAGCCCGGCCCGCUCUGCCUGUCAUGCCUCAGGUGGGUCUAGUGAACCCGGUGCUAGCCUCUCCGCCAUCACUGUCAGCUGCUGUGGCUGCGGCUCAAGAGGCCAAAAAGGAGAAGGAGAAGGAAGAGGAGGAAUCUGCCCAAGACGGCACGGGACAGGAGAUGCUUAGUGAACAGGAGCACAUGAGCAUCUCGGGGAGCAGUGCAAGGCAUAUGGUGAUGCAGAAACUGCUGAGAAAGCAAGAGUCUACGGUUAUGGUGCUCAGGAACAUGGUUGGCCCUGAGGACAUAGAUGAUGAUCUGGAAGGAGAAGUCACGGAGGAAUGCGGGAAGUUUGGCAUUGUUAAUAGAGUGAUUAUCUACCAGGAGAAGCAGGGUGAGGAGGACGAUGCUGAAGUCAUCGUCAAGAUCUUUGUGGAGUUUUCAGUAGUAUCAGAGAUGAACAAGGCCAUUCAGGCCCUUAACAAACGCUGGUUCGGAGGUCGGAAGGUCAUCGCCGAGGUGUACGAUCAGGAGCGAUUCGACAACAGUGACCUCUCUGCAUAGACUGUCAACAGUGCAUCCUGCCCUUCGUAACCUUUCUCUCCACGUCUCUCUAUCUCACUUAUACAGACACAGUUGCCAAUCCCAGUGGCAUUGGCUUCUCUUUAUAACUUGUAAUUAUUUUUUAUCGAUGUUGAUAUUAAUGUUAUUAAUGAUCCCUUCCUGGGACAGAGGCAAGAAAACGCUCAUGAAUAUUUUUUUUAUUGUUGCCGUUCCUCAAUGUGAAUGACUGGAUUCCCCUCCCUUUUUGGUUAUUGGUUAAACCUAUCCAAAGCCCCUCCCUCCCAUCAGAUAAGGUUCAGUUGCUUUAUCUUUUGCCCUUUGAUCCCUCAAAGUAUUCUCAUUAGCCUGUUAUGAUGCUUUUGGUUUCAGAUGCCAGAACAAUAAAUUAAAGUAUGACA